UUCGCCGCCGCCCCCUUCGCCUCGCCGCCCUCAGCGCCGCCCUCGUCGUCUCCGCCGCCGCCGCCCUCGCAGCUCGACGCAUCGCCUGCUGAUCGCCGGCGCGAUGGGUCUCCCGCCACCCCAGCAGACGCCCACGUCGUCUCCGCUGCCGGCGCUGGCCUUCGCCCUCGUGUUGCUGCUGCUGCUUGAACCAGAAUAUUUCAACAAACAGUACGUUGGAAAAUACAAAAAUAUUGUGAAAUUUGCAUCAUGGAGUGGAGUGUAUUGGGCAUAUUUGUUGGUGGUAUGAUAAUGUACGACUUCCGGAGGCCAUCGUCAUCAUCGCCGUCUUCGUCAUUGUCAUCGUCAUCGUCAUCGUCAUCGUCAUCGUCAUCGUCAUCGUCAUCGUCAUCGUCAUCGUCAUCGUCCUCUACACUGACUGAACGUACUGCACUUCUUACACCUACAAGAUCCAUUCUGAAGAAGAAAAAGAAGUUUCGAUCGGAUUCAGUGAAGCCUUCGUGCAAAUCAAUGUUCAACAGGAAGAAGAGGGUUCGUUUUGGGAAAUACCAAUACAGGGCGCUAAUUCGGUGUGAAUGUGAAGACGAAUACUGCCAAUGUUUUGUAGAUACGACUGUAGAAACAGGUUGGUUAGAACGCCUAUAUUUUGCAGUUCGAAGCGCGAUAUUUCUUUGAAAUGCUGCCAUUUUUUGUUUAGUGUUCCUCAAUGACAUAUUGGCAUUGGCAAAAGUGAACCUAAUAUUGAAUUGGAGAGGUGUGUUUUGUUUUAAGUUUGGUUCUCCAAAACAAACUUGGAAUGGAUCUACAAAGUGAAGUGACAGUAUGAAAUGUUUGCCAAUUGUUUUAGAACUUAACUUUCGUUAUUUUUAUAUAUAUUUUGUAUGCUAUUGAACUUCGUAAGUUGAUUGUAAACAAUGGAAUAAAGUAUUACAGGAAAUUAUUAAGAUUAGAAUCGUGUUCUCUAAUGUGUUGUAAUUUAUUCGUUUCAAGGUCAGAAAUUGUUCAAUCCUAGGAUUUAUAUAUUUGUAUUUAUUUUGAUAUAUUUUUUCUAAAUAUUGUAUCAUCACUUAUCAGAAAUUUACCGAGAAAUACGAAAGAAAAAAG